AGGGGUGGGAAAAGAUAGUGCCAAAGUACUGAGGAAGUGCCUAGGAACAUAUUACUUUAAGGGUAGUGUCACAGCUCCAGAGGAGUUUUCAGGAAGGAGAUAUUUAUUUGCUAGGGUUUUAGCAGACUAGUGUUAGCUAGGUACCUCCCCGCCUUUGGUUUUUGGUCUCAUCCGGAUUGAGGCUACGUAGCACCUGCGCUUGGGCCUUGCGGCCGUUAGUGCCGCCUCUUCCUGUCGGAUCAGGGGGCGGGGCAGCGUCAGCAAGAUGGCAGCGCCGGAGCUGCUGGUGUUUGCCGAGAAACCCAGCCACAAAAAGUACAGGGCCGUGCUCAAGAAGGAGAAACGGAAGAAACGCCGGCAGGAACUCGCUCGAAUAAGAGACUCAGCCUCACAGAAGGAGGAGGAAGAGGACACUUUAAAUGAAGAACAACAACUAGAAGAAGAGAAACAGUUGGAGAGAGAGAGGCAAAAAUUACAUGAGGAGUGGUUGCUGAGGGAACAGAAAGCACAAGAAGAAUUCAGGAUAAAGAAGGAAAGGGAAGAGGCAGCUCGAAAACGACAGGAAGAACAAGAGAGAAAGUUAAAGGCAGAAUGGGAAGAACAGCAGAGAAAAGAGAAGGAGGAGGAGGAGCAGAAGCAGCAGGAGAAGAGAGAAAGAGAGGAAGCGGUACAGAAGCUUCUGGAUCAGGCUGAGCAAUUGGACAGUGGUGCCGCCUGGCAGAACCCAGAACCACCUACAGAUUUAAGAGUAAUGGAGAAAGAUCGAGCCAAUUGUCCAUUCUACAGUAAAACGGGAGCUUGCAGAUUUGGAGAUAGAUGUUCACGUAAACAUAACUUCCCCACAUCGAGUCCCACCCUUCUUAUUAGAAGCAUGUUUACAACAUUUGGAAUGGAGCAGUGCAGGAGGGAUGACUAUGACCCCGAUGCAAGCCUGGAGUACAGCGAAGAAGAGACUUACCAGCAGUUCCUAGACUUCUACGAUGACGUGCUGCCCGAGUUCAAGAAUGUGGGCAAGGUGAUUCAGUUCAAGGUUAGCUGCAACUUGGAACCUCAUCUGAGGGGCAAUGUCUAUGUUCAGUACCAGUCGGAAGAAGAAUGCCAAGCAGCCCUUUCUCUAUUUAAUGGACGAUGGUAUGCAGGAAGACAGCUUCAGUGUGAAUUCUGCCCAGUGACCCGGUGGAAAAUGGCAAUUUGUGGUUUAUUUGAAAUACAACAGUGUCCAAGAGGAAAACACUGCAACUUUCUCCAUGUUUUCCGAAAUCCCAACAAUGAAUUUUGGGAAGCUAAUAGAGACCUCUACUUGUCUCCAGAUCGGACUGGCUCCUCCUUUGGUAAGAACUUAGACAGGGGGAAGAGGGCGGGCCACCACGACGAUUACUAUGGCAGGACCAGGAGGAGAAGAAGCCCUAGUCCAGACCACUCCUACAAGAGAAACGGGGAGUCAGAGAGAAAGAGGAGAAGUGGUCACAGGGGGAAGAAAGCUCACAAACGCUCAAGAAGUCAUGAGAGGCACAGUUCCCGAAGUAGAGGAAGAAAAAGGAACCGCAGCCGGAGUAGGGGCAGCCAGAUGCGUAGGGGCAGCCAGAAGCAUAGAGGCCACCGGAGCCGAAGCCGAAGUCGCAGCAGGAGUAGAAGCAGAAGCAGAAGCAGGAGUCGGACCCGCAGUCGCAGCCGGAGCAGGAGCAGGAGCAGGAGCAGGAGCAGGUCUAGGUCCAGGUCCAGGAGUCGUGCUGGCAGGAGAUCACAUAGUAGAGACAGAAACAUUCAGAGUCCCAAAUCCAAAUAAAGCUGUUUUGUUCUUAAA